CCGGCCCGCCACCCCGCCUCGUCUCCCUUUUAUCUAACCCAGGGGCUCAUUUUCUCAUCUGAAUCCCCAAGCGCCCACCCAAAACGCUAGUCCGUUCUCUCCUCGAUUCUACCAUGUAUCGGGCCAUUUCCUCCCUCGCCUCCAAAGCCCGGGUCGCCAGAGGCAGCGGCGGACAGAUCGGAAGUAGACUUGGCUGGAGUCGAAACUAUGCUGCAAAGGACAUCAGAUUUGGAGUGGAGGCUCGUGCUUUGAUGCUUAAGGGUGUGGAAGAUCUCGCUGAUGCGGUGAAAGUGACCAUGGGCCCGAAGGGGCGCAAUGUUGUUAUUGAACAAAGCUUUGGUGCCCCCAAAGUUACAAAAGAUGGUGUCACUGUUGCAAAGAGCAUCGAGUUCAAGGACAGAAUAAAGAAUAUGGGGGCCAGCCUUGUGAAGCAGGUCGCCAAUGCAACCAAUGAUGUUGCUGGUGAUGGGACAACUUGUGCUACCAUCCUUACAAGAGCAAUAUUUUCUGAAGGGUGUAAGUCGGUGGCAGCUGGAAUGAAUGCAAUGGAUUUGAGACGUGGCAUUACAAUGGCUGUUGAUGCUGUGGUGACUAACUUGAAGAGCAGAGCAAGAAUGAUUAGUACCUCAGAGGAGAUAGCCCAGGUUGGUACAAUAUCAGCUAAUGGAGAAAGAGAAAUUGGUGAACUAAUUGCAAAAGCAAUGGAGAAAGUUGGCAAAGAGGGAGUCAUAACAGUUGCUGAUGGGAAAACCCUAUACAAUGAACUCGAAGUCGUUGAAGGAAUGAAACUCGACAGAGGCUACAUAUCACCCUAUUUUAUUACUGAUCAAAAGAAUCAAAGAUGUGAACUUGAAGAUCCUCUUAUUUUAAUACACGAGAAGAAAAUUUCAAGCAUCAAUGCAGUUGUCAAGGUGUUAGAAUUGGCUUUGAAGAGACAGAGGCCUUUGCUAAUUGUGGCAGAAGACGUAGAAAGUGAUGCACUGGCGACCCUAAUUCUUAAUAAGCUUCGUGCCGGGAUUAAGGUUUGUGCUGUGAAGGCCCCUGGUUUUGGGGAGAACAGGAAGGCUAGUUUGCAAGAUCUUGCUACUCUCACUGGCGGAUCUGUUAUAACAGAAGAACUUGGUAUGAACCUUGAGAAAGUUGAGUUUGACAUGCUUGGCACGUGCAAAAAGGUGUCAAUCUCAAAAGAUGACACUGUAGUUCUUGAUGGAGCCGGUGACAAAAAGGCUCUCGAAGAGAGAUGUGAGCAGAUACGAUCUGCAAUUGAAGUAAGCACGUCAGACUAUGACAAAGAGAAGCUGCAAGAGAGGUUGGCGAAACUUUCUGGUGGAGUUGCUGUGCUCAAGAUUGGAGGAGCAAGUGAAAUAGAAGUUGGUGAGAAGAAAGACAGAGUCACAGAUGCGUUAAAUGCAACUAAGGCUGCGGUUGAAGAGGGAAUUGUACCAGGUGGUGGUGUUGCACUUCUUUAUGCAUCUAGAGAGCUGGAUAAGUUGCAGACUGCCAACUUUGACCAAAAGAUUGGUGUCCAAAUAAUUCAGAAUGCUUUGAAGUCUCCAGCGCAUACAAUUGCUUCCAAUGCUGGAGUAGAGGGGGCUGUGGUUGUUGGGAAGCUGUUGGAACAAGAGAAUCCAGACCUUGGUUAUGAUGCAGCCAAAGGGGAGUAUGUAGACCUGGUGAAAUCCGGUAUAAUUGACCCAUUGAAGGUCAUUAGGACUGCAUUGGUGGAUGCUGCGAGCGUUUCUUCUUUGAUGACCACCACUGAAGCUGUUGUGGUUGAACUUCCAAAGGAUGAGAAGGAGACCCCACCGAUGGGACCUGGCAUGGGAGGAAUGGACUACUAAUAUCUGAUGUAUAAACUUCAGUUUCUUGAGGCUGGUAAUGAUGUGGUGAUAAACCACAGAGUUAAGUUUUGCUUCUGCUGGCAGUAAUUUAUUAUGAUCGAUAGAUACCCCCAUUUACAAUGAAGACUGCCAUUGGAGAGAUGAAUUAUAGAAUAAUUGCUUAGUUGAUUAAGGCACACUUUCUUUCCAGGUAAUUGGUUAGCUUUCUGAUUUGAAAGCUGUGGCUGAUGGAAAAAGCUAAAUGCAUAUGUUCGUAUUGUUGUUGGUA